CAUCAUGGCGGGAUUGCUGUCAGUUGGGGUGCACUCAGUCUCGUACCGCCUCGGCGUUAACACGGUUUCACGAAACCAGAGGUCCAACAGAAACGGUCUCGGAACCGACACAAAGAUACCAUGGCACGAUACUCUACUGGUUCUUGAAACCUAUUCCUGGUACCGAGGCGGCAUGUCGGUCUCCACCUGCAAAAAAUUCAGAAUCAAGCUUCUUCCGUGGCAGCUGGACAGCAGUUCACGAGCAGAAGUCUGAAGCCGGCAACCCUUACUUCGUUCACCAUGUGCGGAUACUCCAUAAUCUUUCAUUUUGGACCGAACAGAUCGAUUGUUUUCGACCACGAAAGAUUACUUUUCUUCUAUUAGUUCAAGAUACUAGUAGGAGUUUGGAGUUUUAGGAUUACGUUCUAGUUACAGCAAGUGAUACUGAAAUCAAAAUGCAAGGCACUGACGACAGCAAUCGCCAAUCGUCGCAAAGUCCUCUCGAUCUAUUUUCCAUGUUUGGUUUUGGCAGUGCGCAGAGGGACAAAUUGGCGAUGGCGAAAAGAGACGACGUCUUACUGGGUACGAAGGAUAAAAUGGAGGGAUCCAAAGACGCGUUCGGCGCAAAACAUGACGAGGCAGAAGGUUUUGAGAAGAAUCAAACCGACCAGCAUGUUGGGAUCGGUGGUACGGACAAGAACUAUACGGAAUUGAGUGGUACCGCAGAAGACAAAGAGGACGCUCUCUUCUAUGGAUUAAAGGAUAAGAGGAAAGAAGAAUUUGAAGACAAGUCAAGAGCAAAAUGGGGUGAUGGAAAACGUGCCGAGAAGGUUCAAACAGAGAAGUACGUUGACAUUGAUUUUUUGAACCGUGCUGGUCGUCAGCAAAGACUCGCUACUGAUGGUAACAGCGAUAGCAACAACGAUUGCGUCAUGGAAGAUGUUGGAGUGGGCGAAGACGGAUCAUCUUCGAAAGACGUACGGCGCGUGGUUUCUAACGAGGAGAAGGAAAGCGACAGCCUGUUUUAUAUGUCAUGCGAAGAAUUCAGUUUUGAAUCGGAAACCGAAGACAACGUUGGCGGACCCGAUACUUUCAAGGUUGCUAAGAACCAAAACCAAUAUCUUUCCAAUAAAUUCGAUAUGGGCCUCUUGCAAGACUGCAUAGCAAAGGGAGAAGAAUGCUUGCGUCAAAUUGAGGGGAAGGAUGUUAUUCUGAUUGUUGGGAAAACCGGAAGCGGUAAAUCGACGCUUAUCCAAGGCAUUGCUGGAAAGAAGUUUUCUAAGUCCUUUUAUUCUUGCGGCAGCGAGAGAGAUUACUAUGCAGGGACCAAAGAAGUCUUUGAUGCCAAAGAUCCCGUUCCUGGAUUUGAUGUUGGUCAUGCGAAAUCCUCCAAGACAAAAAGUAUCAAGUGCUAUGUGCGCAAUGGCAAUGGCAUCAACAGUGAACCUACAUACUAUCUUGACACGCCCGGUUUUCAAGACACGAGUGGAGAGGAGGUCGAUAUUGCAACAUCAGCCAUGCUGGCACAGGUUGCUAAAAAGUGCCGCUCGAUGCGUUUUGUCAUCCUAAUUCAUUAUGUGUCUUUGCUAGAGGAUCGGGGAGGAGCAUUUCGUUCCACAUUGAAAUUCAUGCGCAACUUUGUCAGCGAUUUCGAUAAGUACAAGAAAUCCUUUAUGUUUUUGUUUUCACACGCUGACGAGAUGAAAUAUGUUCCUGUAUCGCUCGAGGGAGCCAGAAUGAGUUUGCUGAGCGAAAUCAAUCUCACAUUUGAAGGUACUAUGGAUGGCGACGACGCAAGAGAGCUUCUUAAAUUUAUGCGCAUGUCCCUUAAAAAAAGAUACCCUUUUGUCAACAUUUUUCACCCUCUCAAGACUGACUUCUCUGAAAUGACUAAAUUCAUCGAGGAAAAACUGCAGAAAACCGACAUUGUCGAUGCCGCGAAGCGAGACAAAACGGCUUCCUGUAUCCUCACCAAAUUAUCUCAGAUGCGACUGAUCGAAGUCGUUCGUAGUUUGUUGGCCGACCUGAAUAUGGCGUUGAAAGCGAAUCCUGUGAAUGUAAAACUUGUCACCGAGAUUCAGAAAUCUUUUGAAUUCUUUGGAAAGUACAUUCAAUUUAAAGAAAUGCGAGAAGCUAUUGCUGAACACAAUUAUCUUAUCCGAUCUCACGUCAAAUAUCUUAGGGAGACUCUAGAAAAGGAAGUUGAAAUGGGAACCACAAUAUCCGCAGAUUCAUUAUUCAAUGAUGUCAAUGUCACUUCAGUAAAGGCUGCCCUCUCGCAACUCAAAGCGAUCGAUCCAACGAACUUCGAUUUAAGGGCCGAACGCGACCGAAUCACACAACGCAUCGAUAAGUUUCAAAAGAGUAUCAUAUUUGAUACCAGCGAUGGCAUUCAAGGAGACACCACGUUUGACUUCCAUGGCUUACCAACGAACCUAGUGAAGUUGCAUGCUUGGUGCACCGUAGAACCAAUGUAUAAAGAAACUUUCUUCGACCCUGUGGUGGCAAGUGCAAAUGAGGUCGUCGAUAAAGUAACAUUCAUUGUGUCUAAAUUCGAUGCAGAAAUGAUUUGCGCUCCUUCGACUGAAUUUGAUACACUGCAAAAGUUGUUUUUAUCGUUGGCGGUAUUAAAGUCCAUUCACGAGAAUGCGCAGUGUCUUUCCUUGCAUCUCGAAGGUAUCUCUCUUGCAUCAGUAUUGUACAAUGAUUUUGUACGGAAGUUAAGGAAUUGUUUUGAAAAGUGGCAUGCAAAAUUGUCGCCUCCUUCGGGAAAGGAAUUGAUUGAUAUUUGGAAUCCAAAAGCAAUCCAAGCAUUAGGAAAUGUAUUUCGAUCUCUUAAAAAUGUUUCCGAAUUGAUUGACAGCGUCAAGCUCCAAGAUGACUUACUUCUUCUCGUAAAUGGUGUUCACGAGUUGCUUGUAUACCUCACCACGGAGAAUUACUCAGUCGCUUGCUCCGAUAUAAAAGAGAAAUAUUUCCAUAAACCCAAUCUACUACGUGAAAAAUUGAACGUUCUUCGAGAGGUAAUGUCAAUUCUGUCGCAAAUAAAUGGAUCUCAAUGGAAUGAGAUUGAACGUUACAAUAGUGCCGCGAUUGAUAGAGUGAAAUCAUUUCUCAAGGCAAAAUCUGGGGAAUUGGAGGAAAUGUCUCAAAACGCACGUCUACGUGGUGUCAAAUGUGGAGAACGAGACGGAAAAGCACUCAGUACAUUUGAGCGAUACCUGUGGUUUGACGACUUUCUUCUCGAAGAAAAUCGUUUUAUUAAACGCUUUCUGGCGAAGAUCCGAAUUGCUUACAACGACUUAUUUGCACUCCGAGCCCAGCAUAUCACAGAGAUCAUGAGAAGACUAACCACCGAAAGCCAGACACAAGGAGCACGAAAUCUGGUGAGUCAAAUAAGGAAAGUAAAAGAACUCUUGCCUGAGAUUGCACAAUACAAACGUUUUGGUUCAGUCACUUCUGUCGAAUAUCUCGAACACCAUUCAGUUGCAGUCUUCGCCAAUGUGCGCGAUUAUUUACGUCAAAGAAUGAGUGACUGGAAGUAUGCAUUAAAGUUGUGGAAAGAACAGGUCUAUACAAUAGAAGGCGAUUGGGAGAAACUGACAGCAUCGACCAAGACUUUGGAUGUUGCAAUAGGAGAGAUAAGCGAGGCCAUUGAUAUGCCCACCGAAAAGGGGGGCGAUGAAGUAAAGGUUACUGCCCAAUCGAUAAAGGACGAAAUCAUGGUAGCGUUUUCAGACUUCAAAAAUUACACGCAACGAUCUUCUGAUUCAAAAAUGACAUAUAACGAGAUUGCGACCAUUUUAUUUCGAGUGCGAGCUCUUGUAGGAGACUUUCCAUAUGCAGCACCGCAUCUUCCACAACUCGAAGAUUUAAAAGAGGCUACACGACAGCGCAUUUCAAGAGAUGCCCAGAAAAUUGAAGACAUGGUUGAACAGACAUCUGAAUACGAUACUAUUGACAGGCUUCUCCAGGAGUUCGAAAAGGGGUCGGUUUUAGAUGAGUUUGUCUCUCAAAAAGUAGCCAGCCGUGUUCGUCCUCUUCAGCACCUCCGUAAAAAAAAAGAAAGUGACGCCAAUGUAAUCAUCUCUAAAAUGAUAGAAAGUAAUGACUUUAGCGGCCUCGGUGGUUUCUUGCAACCCUUGGCGCAAUCGAAAAGUCAGAUACUGCAAAACAAAUUUGAGAGUUCAAUCAAAAAGAUUUCAGACUCUUUAAAACUGAUAGAAGCAAAACUACAAAACGAAAUCAUCGGGAAAAUGACAGAUGAAAAGGUUCUCAAGAUUGCAUCGUACACGCAAAUUCUUGAACAAGCGCACGACGAAGCCGGAGAUUAUCUCCCGAAGUGGAAUGCAAGCGUCUACAGAUCUGAAAUUAAUGCAAAGGUUUCCACUUUGCAGGACAGAAUGAGCGACUCGAUCGUCAGAGCAGAUUUUGUGUUGGUGGCAAGACAAAAUCAUGAAACUGAUAUCAUCACACGUCAUCUAGGACGAUACUUGACCAAAAGAUCCAAAGCGAAGAUGGACAGAAACAGGACGACCUUUUCAAUUCUGAAAAAAUCCAUACCGCAGCAUAUAGAAAAAUAUGUUAAAUCCUGUUUUUCCCAAUCAGCAGAGAUUAUGAAGAUACUCGAUGGGCUUAAACCAACGACGAGAAUUGACGAACCAAUCUUUGACGAUUUAUCGCAACUUUAUCUCAACAGCACGAAGAUCCUUGCGGAUAAGGUGAAGGGCAUUAUCCAAGAAAUGAGAAAGUGGACUGAGGACACUCGCUGUUACCACGAUUCUAUCUCUCAAUUCAAUAAGUUGAUGACUUCUCUCGAUAUGGGAAUGAAAGAGCAUCUUCCAGAGGCCAUUGUAGACGAAUCGAAAAGUCUUUUAGAAACGUGGACCGACGCUUGCCGAGAGCAAGAGUCUAGCAUGAACUUUGAAGGCAACUUCGAAAGGGAAAUUCGAGAAUGGGCAAAACGGCUAGAUAAAUGGUCGUCAGUCUCUUUUGGUUUGGGUUUUUUGUCAAGAUUUCUUACGGGACGGAAAACAACCCUCACGUACGAUCGCACAAGGAUACAGGUGAAAAAAAAAGUGCAGCAGAGAUACGAUAGUGGAUGCAUGGCUUUGGCAAGACGCGACUUUACAAGGCUUAAAGAGAGCCUUGAGUUUUUGCGUCUAGUUGAUUCAUUAGCUGGAAAGCAUUUAUCAUCAGCAUUCAAACAUUUGCAAGAAUUGGAAAGCGAAACUAAAGACUUCUUCUUAUCAAUAUGCAAACACUCCCAGCAAGCUCUUCAAGCUGAAGACUGCAGGGCGUUUGAACCAUUAUUUAGUGACUUCCGGGGUUUUGUUCUCAAUGUCUGUUGUCUAAUGAAAUGCCCCAAUUUGGUAAAAAAUUUCCAUCUCACCAAUCAGUUAGUCUAUGAACGAUUCUGUGAUGACAUUUUGUCACUCAAGAAAGCGCUUGAUGGAUUUGAAUUCAUUAUCAUGAAGCAAAAGAUCGAAGAUAUACGAAAAUUUGGUGGCUUCGUUGCAGAUAGAUAUUCUCUUUUUCACGAGGAACUAAAAGGGUAUAACCACGUCGAGGCUGAUGAAUGGCUUGAACAUCUGAAAAAUGAGAUUUGGAAGCACUUUCAAAAUGGACGUGACUUGAAGAGAAUCAAAUAUUAUGCUAGACUUGGGGUGGUACCCUCUUCUUCGGUGAAAGAAGUGAGAAGUGGCUACAGGAAAAAAUGCAAGACUUGUCAUCCCGACAAAUGCAAAGAUGAAGACGCAGCUGCUAGAUUUCUGCUGGUGAAAGAGGCAUACGAUGAGUUGAAUACGAACAUACUUUCGGAUGAAGACCGCUUGAUGAAACCAUUCGACGAUGAAGUCCGCGGUCUUGAAAAUAGACUUAGAGAUGUAACGAGAAUAGCGUUGAACGAGCAGCAUUAUGGCCUAGUGGAAACUCUGAUUUUCAAACUUCCAGGAAUCGAAGUUUUGGAACACCUCGUGAGUCCUAAGCUUGAAGCGGAAAAAAUUAGACGGAGUAUAAUUGAUCUCGUCAAAAAUCAUGUCCGAAAAGUUCGCACUGAAAUUGACACGAACUGGUCAGAGCGACAGUACGAGGAACUCAACCAGAACAUUAGGGAUAUCAAGAUGAUGGAGGACAAAUUCAAAUCGCAUGAAAAUAUUUUCCCUACAUCAUGGAAUACUGGAAUUCUCGAGAAAGUUAAGCUCGAAAUUAAGAAACUUGGGAUGGGCGCUCGUAACUUAAUAAAGGACAAGAAAACGGCAAAUAACAAUCGCGAUGAGUUUCGUCGGUACUUCAUGGAAAUGGGUGCCGUAUUGGUGGAACUUCCCGUAUUUAAAGAUCACACCAAAAAGGUAAUGUCGGAUGUUCUUGAGUCAUGUCUUACUUCAAACUGGGGAUACAGCUUUGUGUUUGAUCUUGGCUUGAGUCUUUCAAAAAGUGGUGAUAUGGAUACUGAAGAAGAGGCUCGUAUAGCCCAAAACCUAGUCAACGAGUUCACACAUUUUCAAGAGGUUCUCACAAUGGUUUGGAAUGAAGAGACUAUCCAGAAGCCACCUGAAGACACAAUCAAAGACAUCAUCGGGCAUUGUCUCACCGAUGACUUAUUGAAUCCUAGUUCCAUAGAACUAGAUACGGAUGAGUUACUCAAACAAUACAAUGAAUUCAAUUCACAGUAUACUUUGUUCUUGGGAGAAUAUUUGAGCCCUGAAGCAGACCUGAAAGUACUUGUUCAAAAGACAAUUGGUUGUUGUGAAAGACUGAAACCUCUAUCGUGUGAUGAUGGCUUCGGUACCAAAACUAAGCGUGCCCUACCUGCGAUAAUGGCGGGAGUUUUUGCUUUGUUCACUGUUCUUAAAUCUGGCGGGAGUUAUAACCGGUUUGAACAAGAUGCAAACGAUUGUGCAAUAAAAGCGAACAUGUUGCUGAUGAAACCGCACAAUAUUCAAGUGUUGACUUUACUAUGUAUGUUCGGCUGUGGUGUUUCGAAAUCGAAUGCUUUGAAGAGCCAGCUCAUGCAGAUCAGAACUGGUGAAGGAAAAUCGAUAAUUUUAGGAGCCGCCGCUGUCAUCCUUGGAUUGUUUGGCUUUCGGGUGAGAUGUAUUUGUUACAGCGAGUACCUUUCAAAUCGUGAUUACGAUCUCUUUCGUGAUAUUUUUGAUCAUUUUAAUCUCUUGUCGUCGAUAAAGUACAGCAAAAUUACUACCCUGUCAGAGGAAACAACUGCAUCGAAAGGAAAUAUUCGUGAUUUAACCAUAUCUCUUUUACACCAAAACUUGCCCAAUGUAAGACAUUCAACUCGUCACACAGAACCCAUGGAUGCUGAUAUUUCAAACCACGCAAAAUCAAAUAGUAUCAGUAGUAGGACACGAAGUGCAAGAAGGGCAACUCGGAACACGGAACAUACAGAUACUGGUGUUUCAAAACAUGCAAAAUCAAAUAGUACCAGUAAGAGGACGCGAAGCGCACUACGAGCAACUGGUAUUAAACAACCUACGGAUAACAGCAUUUUAAACCUCAUAGAAUCAAAUGACACUCGGAAGAGAAAGCGAAUCGCGUUAGAAAGAAAUGCUACAAAAAGCAAGGAAUCGAGAAAUAUAUCAAAGAAAGUACAGGGGAAGUUUAUAGAAGAAAUAAUGCUUGUUGACGAAGUCGAUGUCUUCUUUGGACCAGAAUUCUACGGCCGUAAGUACAAUUGUAAUUGUUUGCUCUUAGUUAUGAUUUUGACCUCACCAAAACACUGUAAUCACACCUCCUUCCCAUUGACAUAUCCAUGAUGCAGAAACAUAUAACCAAGUUGCUGAAUUGAACGAAGAGGAAGUUGCUAAGAUUUUAAAACGAAUUUGGGAGGUGCAUAAACAAGGGAAAAGAUCCAGUUUGGAUGACAUUAAAGCAAUGCCUGAGUACAAAAAUCUGAAGGCGAAGAUUCCUAGCCAUAGCUAUUUGAUUGACAACGAAAUCAAGCUUAUGCUGGAUCAAGUGCGGCGUGUCAACGAUGAGCCAUAUUAUUAUUUGGAUCGUAGUACUGACAAGAUUGGCUACAAAGUUCAGGAUACCAUAUGUUACAAUGUCACCUACGGUUACAGGACGGUAUUUGCAUACCUAAAGGAAGCUGACAAUUCAAAUUUGAGAGAUCGAAAUGCUACUCUAUCCCGUGUCUUGACAAUGCCUAUUUCAUGCGGGCAAUUUUCGUAUGCUAAUAUUAAACCGAAAAGAAUUCUCGGAGUAUCAGGAACGCUGGAAGUCAUGAAUGAUUACGAAAAGGGCGUCCUUAGAAAAUACGGUGUCAACCAAUAUCUUUAUGUACCCUCCGUUUACAGUGCAUCAAACUUAACCUUUGACAAAAGCGGAGAUGGCGUCGCGAUUGAAAAAGGUAUCGGAGAUUUCUUCCAUACGAUUACUACGGAGAUCUCAAAUGUCACCAAGAAGCAAAAACGUGCUGUCAUCGUCUUCUUCAAGGAGUCAAAACAACUUGAGAAGUACAUGUCUAGUGCAUUGUAUCGAAAGCUUGGACGGAAGAAGGAGAUCCUCUCUGAGAAUAUGAGUCCAAACGAAAAGUCAUUUGUUAUUAGCAAAGCUGCCACGUCAGGUCAAAUCACUCUUUCUACCGCCGUCUUCGGACGUGGAACAGACUUCUUUUGCAAGGACGAGACAUUGGAAAGAAACGGUGGUGUGCAUGUCAUUCAGACUUUUCUGUCCACCGAUAUGAGCGAGGAGAUUCAAAUAAGAGGCCGGACAGCACGCCAGGGUAAGCAGGGUUCAUACAAACUCAUUCUGUUGGACAAAGACUUGGAAGACGACUUUGACAUAAAAUGCGGGUUGACUGACAACUGGCCUAGAAAAGAAUACUAUUCAAAGCUGUGCAGUGCGCGUAAAAAGUCUUUGGAAGAAAAGUAUUCUGCUGUAGAAGAGAACCUUUUGGCAGCCAAAGAACAGGAUGAAGCUACCCAUGAAUAUUUUGACGCUCUUCUCGACUCGAACUAUCAAGUGGCAACGGGUUUGUUGAAAGAGUUAUAUCUAAACAAGAAGAAGGCUAAUGUUGGACUGAUGGAUCUCGAUCUUGCGUUUGCGAUUGAUAUCACUGGUAGCAUGGCUGUUUAUGGAAAUGCAGUUUCUGCUAUUGUUGCAAACUUAUUGAUCGGCCCAAACUCUAUAAUUGCGAAACUCGAGAGCGGAUUCUCGGACAUCAAAUUCAACAUUCGGGUUGCUGUUUUAGGUUUUCGGGAUAUCGACGAUGGAAGCAAACAAUACCAAGAAAUCUGUUUGAACGGUAGCUCACAUUUUAGUGAAAAUUUGCAGCAAGCCCACCGUUUCGUAGAUACUAUAACAUCCGCUUCAUCUGGUGGUGGAGAUAUGGCCGAAGAUCAUCUAGGAGCACUGCUUCAUUGCUUAAGUUGGAAUUCUACUUGUGACUGGGAAGGUACGAUUAAAGCUCUAUUGUUGCUCACGGAUGCACCCGCUCAUGGCUACAGCCCUUACGGCAACUCGACGAAUACCAUUGAUAAGUAUGAUGUUCGACACCCUCGAGGUGUAACAGUAGAUUCUGUUGUAGAGAAGGCAUUGGAGAAAGGAGUGGAUUUGAUUUUGUGUUCUUUUGAUCCCGUCGCAACGGAAAAAUUUGAAGAGGAGAUUUCUAAUGCGUAUCUGGGUCAUGAGUCAAAUGUUGAGGAACGCGAAGUAACUGUAGUCCCGUUGGUUCCAAAGACUGCGAUUGGCACAACAUCAAGGGGUAGUCUCAACGGUUCAAAGAAGCACAACAUUUUCGUUCUCGACGAAUCAGAUUCUAUGAAACACGAUUGGCCCGGAGUUGUAUCAGUCUAUAACAAAUACCUGGAGAAUCGCCGACGGCGUCAGCACCAUUUGGAUUCGGUUUCCGUUGUCCAAUUCGAUAACGGGGCACGGGUGAUAUGCGAAUUAGAAAACAUUGCAGAUGCCCCGGUGAAUUUGUGCAUGUCUGCAGGUGGUACUAAAUUUGCACCAGCAGCCGAGUUGGCCUAUGCUGUUGCCCGGAAGACUCCUCCUUCGCACACUCCUGUGAUUAUAUUUAUAAGUGACGGCUGUGCGGAUGAUUCUGAACAAGCAGCGAGUUUCUUUGAGACACUGAACCAAGAGAUGAAGAACCGCUAUGGAGAUAUCGAACUCCAUGUUAUUGGGUUUCGUGGCGGAACCGACUCAAGCCAACUCCAGAAAAUUUCGAGAGCAUCAGCAAACGGACGAGUUCACACCGCCGAUGACAUCGACAGUCUUACAAAGGUCUUUGUGCAAAUCGCUAGUGGCGAUGCUGUUGCCAGUGCAUUGGAGGAGGAAAUUGGCAAAAGAAUCUCCGAUGCCGUCACCGAUCGCAUAUCUGCAGAAUAUUUGGGGUGACUGGGUCUAUCGGUUUGGCGUUGUAUCGAAAGAUCUUCGCGAGUGCACCGUAGUCAAACAGCUUUGCGUUGUAAAAAUAAGAAUUCAUCUCAAAC